UUGUACUAGCUGUAUCAGAGAGAGAAGAAAGAGAUCAAGGAGAUGGAGCAGCAAGAACUAUAUACGUGAAGGAAAGAAGCAAGAAGUGAUCUGCAGAUUCUCAUGCGAUGAAGAAGCAAGGUCAUUACAAAAAAAGGUCCGAGUCCAAGAUAAGAACCUAAACAGUGACCCGACCCGAGUGCGGACCGUCCCUCCGUCAAUGAGAGGGUAAGCUGAUUGGGGCGUCCAUUUGCAGUUGGGGGAAGGCUGCAGCUAUGAGAGCCAUUGUGCAAAGAGUUGCUUCUGCCAGGGUGGAGGUAGAGGGUCGAACGGUGUCAGAGAUCGGUCCAGGCCUUUUGGUUUUGGUGGGUAUUCACGAAAACGAUGGCGAGGGGGAUGCUGAAUACAUCUGCAGAAAGGUGUUGAAUAUGAGGAUUUUUCCAAAUGAGAAGACUGGCAAAGCAUGGGAUCAAAGUGUUAUGCAGAGGAACAGUGGCGUCCUCUUGGUGAGCCAGUUUACUUUGUAUGGUGUUCUCAAGGGAAACAAGCCCGACUUUCAUGUGGCUAUGCCACCGCAGAAAGCUGAAACUUUCUAUGCGUCUCUAGUGGAUAGAUUUCGUAGGUCUUAUUCUCCUGAUUGUGUUAAAGAUGGUGUAUUUGGAGCAAAGAUGAAGGUUGAUUUGGUAAAUGAUGGUCCUGUUACACUGCAACUUGAUUCUGCAAAGCCUGAAAAGGACUAAAAUGAUACCAAAAACUGGAGAGUUUACAGUGCAGAUACAGAAUUUAAGGAAGGCCCGCAAGUUCAGAUUUAGGACAUACAGAUUAGUGUAUUGAUAAACUUGUCCAAUUUAUUCCCAAAAGAAAAGGUGUUGCAGGAUUUUUAGCAUCAUUAUAUUUGGCAGUUCUCCCAUUAGCUUCUGUUGUACAGGUUCUUCCUUCCUGCAAUUACUAGUUUGUACAAGUCAUUGUUGUUGGGGAUAUGCUUGGGCCUUAAUUAUUUUCUUCCGGGAUACAAGGUAGCUUCUUUUGCUCUUUUUUCCUUCAUUUUUGAACAGGUGGGAUAUAAAAUUAUCAAGAAAUUUUUUCGUUUA